GAAAUUAUGUGCACAGAACUAAUCCUGGUGCUGACCUUCCUCUGUGUGUGGAGCAACGAGGUGACAGCUAAAGAUGGUUCUGAUGGGUACAAGACUCCGGAUUUCUGUAAAGGGUUUAAGUGCCCCAGAUAUCGAGUGGUGGAAAAGUAUGAAAAAUUCGAGGUACGAGAGUAUGAGCCAACAAACUGGGCAACAACCAUUGUAGACUUGUCGGCUGAUGUAGUACCUCAAAGUGAUCGUCUCUACCGGUAUAUCAGAGGAGCAAAUAAAAAAGGUUCAAGAAUGAACAUGACACUACCUUAUUCACUAUAUCUUCCAACAAGCGAAAACACAGAUACACUGCCCCUUGCAUUAUUUUAUCUCCCACCAGAAUUUGAAACUCCUAAACCAUUAGACGACAGUAUUUACGUUUACAGUUAUCCUGCAACGAGAUGGUAUGUUAGGUCUUUUAAAGGUCAUUUAAAAGUGGAACACUACUUUAAUCAUGCACGGGUUUUAACAACUGAGUUGGCGCAAUUGAAGAAACCAUUUGAAUGUACUUUCUGUUCAUGCAGUAUCUACAAUGGUCUAUAUGAGCUGGACGACUGUCAUAACGAAGUCGCAUUCAUGCUCAAGGAUAUAUAGAAAUCUGACUAAUUUAAUAUUGUAUUUUGAUGCCAAAAUGCUUAAGGAACUCUGAUAUGGUAAAUGAUUUUCUGAUGUGCAA